UGUUUGCUAAUAAAACAUCUGGUUCCUUUGCUCCUCCUCAGUGUUCAUAGAAGACAUGGAGACGAUCCUGAGUGUCCUGGGCUUGGAGUGGAUAGACUUCAGAAGUUUUCUGAUAUUUUUCUGUGUUUUUCUGCUGCUGACAGAUGUUUUGAAGAACAGAGUGCCUCGUAACUUUCCACCAGGGCCGUGGUCUUUUCCUUUUAUUGGAGACCUUCCUCGCAUCAAGGCGUCCAAAAUUCACCUGCAGUUUAAAGAGUUUGCAGGGAAAUACGGGAAAGUUUUCAGUCUUCGUUUGUUUGGUGGAAGGAUUGUCGUCAUUAAUGGCUACAAGCUGGUGAGAGAAACUCUUAUUGAACAAGGAGAAAACUUCAUCGAUCGUCCCAACAUCCCGUUGUUUGAAGACUUAGUUGGGAAUAAAGGUCUUGUGGGUUCCAGUGGUAAUCCGUGGAAGCAGCAGAGGAGAUUUGCUCUUCACACACUCAGAAACUUUGGUCUGGGAAAGAAAACCCUGGAGCGAUCCAUCCAGCAGGAGUGUCAGUAUCUCACUGAGGCUUUUGCUGAUCUACAAGGUCAGCCAUUUAAUGUCCAAAAAUUAAUCAACAAUGCUGUGUCCAACAUCAUCUGCUGCUUGGUCUUUGGGAAUCGAUUUGAGUACAGCGACAAGCAGUUCAAGAUCAUCCUUCAACUCUUCAACGAGACGAUUUACCUGGAAGGAACUGUGUGGGCACAGCUUUACAACACAUUGCCCUGGCUGAUGAAAUGGCUGCCUGGACCUCAUCAGAGGAUUUUUACCAUAACACAUGAAAUAUUAGAUUUUAUUAAAGUAAGAGUCAAGGAACACAGAGAGAACCUGGACCCUUCGUCACCCAGAGACUACAUCGACUCCUUCCUCAUAGAGAUGGGAGAGAAAGAAGACAAGGAUUCUGGUUUUGAUAUCGACAAUUUGUGUUUUUGCACUCUGGACCUGUUUGGUGCUGGAACCGAAACCACCACCACCACUUUACACUGGGGGCUGCUGUUCAUGAUCUUGAACCCACAAAUACAAGAGCGGGUCCAGGCUGAGAUAGAUGCUGUGAUUGGUCCGUCCAGGCAGCCGUCCAUGACUGACAGAGACAACAUGCCUUACACCAACGCUGUCAUCCACGAGAUACAGAGGAUGGGGAACAUCAUACCUUUAAAUGUGGCCCGCACAGCUAACCAGGACACCACAGUGGAUAAAUACACCAUCCCAAAGGGCACCAUGGUCCUUGCUGUACUGGACUCAGUUUUACAUGAUGAGUCCAUGUGGGAAACUCCGUACACCUUCAAUCCUCAGCACUUUCUGGAAAAAGAUGGCAAAUUCAGGAAGAGAGAAGCAUUUCUUCCCUUCUCUGCAGGUAAACGUGUGUGUCUCGGGGAGCAGCUGGCCAGGAUGGAGUUGUUCCUCUUCUUCACCUCCCUCCUCCAGAGGUUCACAUUUUCAUCUCCUCCAGGAGAGAAGCCCAGUCUGGAGUUCAAACUGGGAAUAACCCAUUGCCCCAAACCUUACCGCCUCUGUGCAGUGCAACGCUAACCUGCUGCCUGAUGACAAAAAAUUACUCCGCUGAUAUUUCUCCUUUAUAAACUGAAUCAAUAUAUUAGGAAGAUGAACCUUUGUGAUGCAAUAAAUAUGAAAUAAUUAUGCAAAAUUGGCUGAUUUUGAUAUUUGGCUGAUUGCUGCAGUGCUAACAUCAGCAUCACAUUUGAGCAACAAAGCAGUUCAAAGUGCUUUAAGUUUUAAAUGCUUCACAAAAACAAAAAAAUACAAAGUCAUCAACCAUUGAAACACUCUCUUGCUUUAACCACCGCUGGUUCUGCAUUACUCACUACCUCCACAAGAUGGCAGAAUAAUUUGGACAAAGGUAAAAGCGUUGAGAUCACUCACUACAAUAAACGAGCAAGAUUAAAACAAAUCUUGUUUAAAUUUUCAGUGAUAUUAAAUAUUCCGAUGUUUCAAAGUAUUCUGAUGAGACUUGAUGUUUUAUCAGGUCUCAUAAUAAAUUAUCACCAGAAUUUUUAUCGAUUGGCUUAAUGAAUGUAGAAAGUUAAGUUUCAGCAGCUUCUGAGUAAACUCCAAAAGACCUUCACUCACAGAAACUUCCACAGUUCAGUCAACAAACAGAAUGUUGGAACAAUUUAGGUUGUAAUUCCUUUUAAAAACAAGAGGCAUUGUCAGAUAAAUCUUUGUAGAACAAUGAAGACAACGUUUGGAAAUAUUCAUAAAGCCGUCAUUUUAAAACCUUAUUUGCAUGUGUGUAUCUAGUGGAUGAGUGAAAUUACAGAGAGGGCUGCUUGGAUGGAUCAAUCAAAACUUCUAUGAUAAAACAUGAGUCCCAGUCGUUUGUAAAUGACUGACUGAAGAUGCAGCUCACUUAGAUUUUCAUUCCUAGCCUGAUCAGUGGGGGACUGCUGACAUUAAAAGGUCAUACAACUACAUCCUCACAGAGGAAAACAGAAAGGCAUUACUCAUACACCCACACCUUGGAUGUCAGUGUUGCUGAUCAGUGGCCCCCAGUAGUGCACUCAAAAAAUGACUCAUUGGAUGAACACAAUUCAAUUUUGGGCAAAUUUUCCAUCCAAUAAAUUAGUUUAUAUGGGUUAAGUUUGUUCACUGAAACAGUAAACCAUCAUGUAUUGAUGGAAUCUAAAGUAUUUAAGUUUGACCAACUCAAUUCUACCUUUAGCAUCUUCUUUAAUUUGAUUAAAGUUUCUAUAAAUCCACAAAUUUGUACAAUAUAUAUCCACUGACUCAAUGCACUUCACUAUUUCCAUUCCAAAAUCAAAUAUUUGUGAUGAUAUUUUCAGACUGGAGGACAACAUUCUUUGGCUUUUCUUGCACUGCAGCUGCUGCUCAAAACUAUGGAGGACAAUUUUAUUACCUCAGUUUGAUUUUAUUACCUCAGUUUGAGCAGUUGCAGGAUAUGAAUGAGAAUCCAGAUGUGCUGCCGCCAAGAUAAUGAACCCACAUAAUCCCAGCAUUUGGUUCACACUUCAAAAUAGUCAUGAAACAAGAACAUCUGGGAGACUUUACAGAGACCAUCCAUGUUGAGGCUGAUUGUACAUUUCAUUAGAUGAUUCUCAUGAAAGGGCAUGUUUGGAGACAUAAAGAUGUUGUAACAAUGUGAUGCUGUUGUUAUUAAGCUGACGGUCUAGAUAUGUACUUUGUUAAUUUUCUCUGAAAAACAAAAUCUUGGAGGCAGAAAGUUGUUGAAAAGAAGGUCAAACAUUUUCAAAUUUCAAAACAUAGUUUAAUCAAAACAUUAAACCUGGCUCUCCUCCCUUCAAAAAAUGGUCAGCCUUUGGGAAUCAAAAUAAGUCAAACUUUUUAAGUCAUGCAACAGCCAUUGGUAUUUCAUGUGUUGAUGAGUGUGUGGCUUCAGUCAUUACAGCUAAAAGCUCAAGAUCAGGCCAGAAACCUGGGUGUAAUGAUGGAAUCUUAUCUUUUAGAGCCACAAAAAGACAGUCACAAAGUCGGCCUUCUGUCACCUGAAGAGCAUUUCCAGGAUUUGAGGACUGAUGUCCCAGCAAAAUCUAGAGAAACUCAUCCAUGUGUUUAUCUUUAGUCGCAUCGAAUACUGCAAGUGUUUUCACAGGUCUUAACAUAAUGGAUUAAGAAUUUAACAUUGACACUGGACUAAAUGCAAUGUUUCCUUUGUUGAUUCUGUCACAUGACUUUGUGUUUUUGUGCUUUUAUGAUGUAAAGCACAUUGAAAUGCGUUGUUGCUAAAAUGUGCUACACAAAUAUAAUUUGAUUGAUUAAUUACCCUUUGCGUCUAAAACCGGAAAGAAAGUGAAUCUGAAAGUCGGUGUGAUUGAAAAUGUACAAAAUGUUCAAAAUAUGUAUUUGAAAGGAAAAAAAUAUGUAUCUUUCUUUUAAAUGGUUGUUGUCAUUAACAUUACCAAUUCUAGUAACAAAUUGAGAGCUGAAAAUGUUCCUAAAGAGUUUGUUAAUAGAAAGAUCAUGUUUUAGGAGGGAAAUGUUUCUGAAAAUGUUAAAAACAACAACAACAACAACAAAACCUACCAGAUGGAAAUAUUUUAAUUUACCUCCAUACCUUUCUGUUUAAGUAAAUUAAAUGUAGCUUACUUAUGUGUAAAUGUGUCUCUGUAUCUAAUUACGGUACAUAAUUAAGAAUAAAACAACAGCUAUAUCAAGACAUGUCCAGCAUUUAAAAUGUAAAUGUUUUAGUUGAUGGUGGGCAAUCCAAAAUCAAAGUAAAUUUGCUUAAAUCUAAUAUUAAAAUUCUUCAGAUUUUAUUUGUAAAGCUUUCAAAAGCUGGAAAUUUUCACAAAAGAAUAAAGAGUAAGCUUUAGUUUCA